GGGUUUGCAAGCUUAGUGCACGCACGAGUGCAAAACCUUACCAUUAGAAGCACUCAGUGUCGUACGUUUUGUCAUUAACAUGCACCACUCUUCUUAGCUGGCCUUAGAGCGACUCACUAAGACAGUAUGUCACUUUUCCUCAAAGGCAUUUUGUAUGCUUGAAAUUUUUGCCUUGUGCAAGUGCCCUGAAUAUUUUCGAUUUUGUAAGACACUGAUUUUGGUAUGGUGGAAAGUGAAGAAAAAAACAACAAUAGAAAGGAAAUCAACAUGUCAGCUAGUCAAAGUCUUUUGAUCCGAUUAUGUAUAGUCUUAGGGAUGGUGGCGGCAGUGUUAACAGUUGUCUAUUUCACUCCGAUGCCAGAUCAAAACUUUAAAAGCUGUGAUAGGCCCUGCCAUGAAUUAGACUGGCCAAUGAUAUGUAGGAUUAAGCUUAACAUCGAAAUGUAUCAUACUGAUAAUCAUAUUUGUCAAGACUGUCGCAGAAAUUCUUCGCAUCCCCUUUCCAGUUGCAACAACAUCUUUUGCCAAAUGACUGAAGCCAGUAAUCCCAGAACAAUCAUUACUGCAAACAGGCAAAUUCCUGGACCGCCGAUUCAAGUUUGCCAGAAUGAUAUUCUGAUUGUGGAUGUGAUUAAUCGGGUUCCUGGAAAAAGCGUCACUUUGCAUUGGAGAGGGCAACCAAACCAUGAAGCUCCUUUUAUGGACGGCGUCCCGAUGGUCACUCAAUGCCCCAUUCCCAGUUACACCACGUUUCAAUACAAGUUUAGAGCAUCGAAGCCUGGAACGCACUUUUAUCACGCCUACAUGGAUGCUGAUCGGUCUAAUGGCCUUUUCGGGGCCUUAAUUGUGCGGAAAUCUGAUCGAACUGAGCCUAGCAAAAAAAUGUACGAUGUGGAUUCGAAAGAUCACUAUAUUUUGAUCUCUGAAUGGUCUGGUGAUUUCAGCCAUCCUUCGCCAACAGAUAGGGACCUAUCAAAAGCCCUGCUGGUCAACGGUAAAGCGCCAAGCGAAAGAGGAUCAAGCUUGACAAUGUUUAAUGUUAAACCUGGCAGAAGACACCGCUUCAGAGUGGCCUACACUAGCGGCUUAUCUGGAUGUCCCGUCAAUUUAACGGUUGACAAUCAUUUACUGAAAAUAAUUGAACUGGAUGGAAAUCCGACUAACCCUCACGAAGUCAGCUCUAUUCGCAUCUCCAAGGGAGAACGAAUAGAUUUUAUCUUGAAAGCUAGCCAAGAAAUCGGCGCGUAUUAUUUGAGUGUUAAAUCCAGUUGUGAAAGCAGCGAUUUGCAUGGAUUAGCCGUGAUCAACUACGAAGGUCGCCCAAAAGGGACUGAGAAAAAAGGAGGAAAAAUCGCAAACGAUGGAGGUGAAAAGAAUACUAAAUUGAAGAGGCAUUUCGACACAUCCCUUUGCCGAACCGAAUCUGGCAAAGUUUGUUUGGGUGAUGUUAAAUCGUUGGAUAAAAUGCCGAAAGAGCUGCGAAAAGAGACGGUUGAUCGAAACAUCUUUUUGGCGAUUGAUUACAAGUAUGGAGAACGGGAAACAGAUUACGAACAGUAUGCGGAUCUUCGGAAGAAAAUUUACCGAAUCAAUAACUUGACGUUCAGUUAUCCGGCUUCUCCCCUGCUCACUCAACCGAUGGAUGUUCCAUCAAAUUUGAUUUGUAACGAAUUAUCCAUUCCGGAAAAAUGCCAGAAAAGGAAUAUUUGCGAAUGUGUCCAUUUGGAAGCUGUCGACCUUGGAACAUCGGUGGAAAUAAUGAUAGUUGAACAAGGUGGUGAUGAUGAACAUAUUCUGCAUUUCCACGGGAACCAUUUCUACAUUGUCGGAUCUCGACAGUUUGAGCGUCCGAUGAGCAGAAAAGAAAUUCGAGAACUGGAUCAGGCUGGCAGUUUGCUGAAGAGAAAUCUGAAUAAUCCAGUUUUAAAAGACACCAUUCGCAUCCCGAGAUUUGGUGUAGUCAUUCUAAGGUUUCUUGCAAAAAACCCAGGCAUUUGGAUGCUAAGAGAUGAAAAUUCCCAUGGAUGGAGCAAAGGUCUCGACCUGGCUAUAGAAGUGGGAGAAAGACAUCAGAUGGUUUCAACACCGUCCAAUUUUCCCACCUGUGGGGACUAUAUAGGACCCGAGUUUUUCCUGCUUUAAUUACCGGAAGGCUUGAACACGGAAGUGUACAUAAUACUUUAGUUAGAAUGUUUAGAUAAAGACUGAUUCUAAAUUUUUAACCACGAAAUGAGUGUCUACUUGCCAUGGAAAAAUACUCUAACGUUAUGCAAUUUUUAAACAGCGUUCUAAUGAAUGUUUGGAAAAUUACGUGCAAAUAAGACCGACGGCUUCUGCCAUGAUAGCUGUAUAUAAUUAGGCAUCAAGUUUGUUCAAGUGAUGGACUUUUAUGGAGGAUUUAUGUAUAUAGAAAUGUUAAAAACGUCUCAGCCAGACGACAAUAGUUAUUUUAUUUAUUACUGUCCUG